AUGGGCCUGGGAGCACCUGCCUAUCACACGACAUUGGCUGACAAAGAUAGACCUGUAGGCAGGCCUUAUGCUGACGGGUAUCCAGGCAUCAUUGUCCAGCGAAAGCUGGGCAAAUUGGAGUUUCUGAAUUUGACAUGUCUAGAUGAGCCUGAGCCAGUUCUAGAUGAGAACGAUGAGAGGCUACGAUGUAGAGCUCCUAAACGAUCAAGGGAUGGUGGGGGGAGAGGAGGUGGGGGCAGAGAUGAUGGCGGAGACGGAGGGGAUGAAAGAGAUGGAUAUGGAGGAGAUGCAGGAGAUCAUGGUGUUAGAGUUAAUGAUGGAGGAGAUGAUGAUGGGGGAGAUGAUGCUAGGGGAGAUGGCUGA